GCGCGACGGAGUCAACAGAAGUUCGAGAGCGAUCAAAUGGAGAGGGUUGCCAGGUACGCGGCGGAGCGCGGAGUCGAUGUGCCUGGCACGGGUGGUGUGAGGGGAGGAGAGGCGGGGCGGCAGCCCGUGGAGGGAGCGUCAGGAGGGGUCGGGGGAGAUGGUGGAGGUGGAGACACGGAGGAGGGCGCGAUCGACGUCGAUCGCGAGGCGCGUGUCCCGGGCAAGCAGGGAGUCCCGAGACACGAGGACGUGCCUGAGGUUUAUCCAGGCACUGGGGAGAGGAUGGAGGACUUUUUGAGGCGAGCAGCCAAGGGACCUGUAGGGGAGGGUUCUUCCAAGAGGAAGGAAGGUGGAACAGAUCCGGCCGCCGCCCCAGCUGGGAAGAGGCUUCGCCAGCAGAAGGUCACUAACGUCUACGGUGGCGAGUGGGUUGCUCGCCAUAAGAAGACAUUCCUUCGCUGGCUCUAUUCCAGCGGGGUCCCCUUCAAUGUCUUCUGUAACCAGGCUUGGAAGGCAUACCAACAGGUCCUUGAGCAGCCUCGCAGUUCCCCGCGCACUGUGCUCCCCAGCCACAACGAGAUUGCGAGUAUGCAGGCGGUGGAGACCCACCGUGAGGAGCUGGCGGAGGAGUUGGAGGAGGUGAGGCGGCCAUUCUGGAUCACUGGUGCCACCCCCCUCUCCGACGGGAGGAAAUCACGAGACGGGAGACCGAUCGUGAAUUUCCUUGCCGCCGGCUCGCGAGGGGUCGCCGUGUACACGACGAUCAAUCGCGAGGGGGAGCCGGACGAUGCAGUGCACGUCCUUCGGAGAUGGGUGACCAUCUUCCACGAGUUUAGUUUCGGCGGCCCGCAGCGGGUCAAUGCGAUAUGCACAGACUCCGCAUCGGCGUACUUAUGUGCUGCCAUGGCAGUGGGACGAGGGCAUGCUAGACUGCCAAGCCGGACUAGAGUUGGAGCCAGUGCGCACGGGCACGCGCAGGGUAUGACGCCGGAGGAGAUUGCCCGUCAGGUUGCACUUAUCACCCGGGAUCCCAUCGGGGUCUCCGCACCACCCGCCGCUGAGGCCGUAUUCGGUAGACGUGCUUCUAUUUUCCGUCCUUACCCCAGGGAGGAUGAUUCCGACGAGGAGCCGGUACCCAAGGCAGCGGACCACCCCGCGCUCCGCAUUCCCCGUGAAAUCGACGAGACGCACCUGGAUCCCGAGGAGGAGACCAGGGCGCAUACUGCACGACGGGCGGGAGACACGGCGGAGAGGGAGAUGAUGGGGGGAGAGGAGGAGUUGUGGGGACCGUUCGGGGAGGUCGCUUCCACGGGCGGCACAGGAGCGCGGGCGACGAGCCCCGCUCCGACGAGGCGGGAGUCGUCCAUGCCGCCACCUUCUACUCCGAGUCCUGCACUGCCAUCGCCCGUCGCGCCAUAUGAGCCGACCACAGCAGCAGGGGACACGGAGGAGUUGGCGCCCUCUUUGCCUCAGCGCGGACUACUCCACAGAGGCGGGGUAGUCCGACAGCAGAGGUUACAAUCACCUUCUCCGGGAGUCUUGCAGGAGGAGGGGGGACCGUCGGCAGCAACAGUGGAGGGGGAGUUGGCAGUGGAGGGGGGAUUGGCGGACACGACGAUUGCAGAUGUGGUGGACCAGAUAGUUGUAGCAGCAGCGGCUUCAUUGGUAGAGGAGAUGGCAGCUUCAGUGUUGGCGGAGGAGGCACCAGCGCCAGGAGGAGCAGAUGCAGUGGAGGGGCAGGCGGGAGCAGCUGGAGGAGCAGCGGGAGGAGCAGCUGGAGGAGCAGCUGGAGAAGCAGCUGCACUGGAUGGGCUUGUGGCUGCAGCAGCAGGAGCAGCUGGAGGAGCAGAUGCAGUGGAGGGGGGAAUGCCAGAAGCAGUGGAGGAGGAGAUAGGGGCACAGACGGAGGUGUCACGUGGGGGCGGCGACGAGCGCCUCAUGCAGCAGUUCCUCACGGAGAAGUAGGAUCCGGUCAUGGCGGGUAUGACCCCAGGUGUGGCGAGGGGGGUGGGGGUGUCGGAUACGCAGAUGGGGAGCCACUUGGACUUAGAUUUGUCGAUGGGCCUUUCACCUAGUUGCGGCGGGGCGACAUCGAGGGAUCGCGCUCCAUCGACGGACGACACGGCUGGAGAGAGUCUCACGCAGCCCCAGAGAG